CGGGCCCACGUGGCCCGCCCUGCCCCUCCCCCCGUCAUGGAGCCCAGCCGAGACCACCCCCUCUUCGGCGGCGCCUUCUCCGCCACCCUGCCGGCCGGGGCGCAGGACGUCAGCGACCUGAGACCGGUCCCCGACAACCAGGAAGUUUUCUGUCACCGCGGGACGGAGCAGAGCCUCAUCCUGGAGCUGCUGGAAUUGCAGGACCACGUGCGAGGGGAGCGGGCCGCCAGGUUCCACUUUGAGGACGUCGGGGGGGCUGCAGGGGGCCGAGGAAGCGGGCCGGGGCAGGUGGAGUCCGUGCGACCCCUCCCCCUGGACGCCCUGGCCCUGCAGGGCUGCUCGGAGGCGUGGCUCCUUACCGGACACCAGCGAGUGGCCAAGGAACACGAGGAGGUAGAGAAAGACGUGACCCUGCAUCAAGUCCUGCUUCGCCUGCCCCAGCACGGGACGGACCUGCUGCUGACCUUCAACCAGCCCUUCCCUGAGGACGGCUUGACGGUCCCGCUCCCUCAGACCCCUCCAGCCUGGACGCUGCAAGACUUGGAGCUGCUGGUGACCAGCCUCCGGCUCCUGGAUCCCGCCAUCUUCGGCCCUCAGCGAGGCCCGUGAGGGAUCCCCCCCCCCAGCUCUUCACGCCCCCCCCCC